UGACAUUUAAAUAUCUGUUGACCUUAAAAUGAUAUAAGAAUUCUGACACAAAGAGCAAUCUAACUGUCCGUUGAUAUUUUAACGCUGCUCUAAAUGAUUUACCGUAAGAGACAAUGCUAAAACAAGUGAAACCGCUGGACUAAUCUUUACAAAUAAAACCUAAAUUAAAAGUCAAAAUAUUAAUCGAAGUUCACGCGGAAUGAUAGCAUAUGCAGUGGGGUAAACGUCUCAUCUAACGUUAUAUUCACAGAACAGAUUUAACAGAAUAUAAACUGACUCGUGUAUAACCCCUCACAUUCAAAAUGUGCAAUAAAAGAUGUUUGUGUUGGAGUAAUCAAAAAUUAUAAACGAGAAUCUUAAAAUAAACAACCGAUGUCAUAUUAAUCCGCGAGACACUCGGUGGUUUCAUCCUCUGAGAGCAAUUAGUCCUUCGGUUUACAACGUUAUUUGAUAAAACACUUAAAAGAUGAAGUGAGAUGUUCGAUAUUAAUGUUCUCUAAAUAAAACAUCACUUUUAAAAUAAAUCGUGAUAUAUUAUAAAUCAGAUUAAGGGUCUCUCCCUCUCGUCUUUUCCCCGUGACGGAUAAAUGAGUUCCGGCCAGCUUUGAGGACAGGAAGCGAGGAGACGCUGAUGGCGCCCGACUAGAAACCAUUACCAACCAUUCGCUUUCAAAGAUCUAUUUUAUUUCGCCUCAUUCGCGAGCGUGAAGAGCAAAAUACUCGUCCAUUCAAGAGCAGAGAUGGACUCUGAGGAGAUGGAGGUGGAGAGCAGCAGUGAUGUGGGGCAUUCUGGGAUGGAGGAGCCGUCAGAGAGCGGCAUGGGCAUGGAGUCUUCAGAAGCCAUGUCUGCUGAUAGCAGCGAUGCGGCGGCUCCUCCUGCCCCGGCCCCAGAAUCAGACUGUCACGUAGGACAGAGCUCCGAGGGAGUUGUGGUUUUUAUCCCAGAGACAAGCUCCAGUACAGAUGUGCGAAGAAUUCAUCUCCCAGACUCCUCUUCUGUGGCACAGUCAACCAGUGUGUCCAGCGUCUCCACAGUGACGCAGUCAGUCAUGGUGUCAGAGUCUGUCCAGGUCCUGGUCCACUCCAGCGCUGUUUCUGAAGGAGGAAUGAUGGUUUCUGAUUCCACUGCUUCCACGUCCUCAGAUCUCGGCUCAGCUAUUGACAAGAUCAUUGAAUCCACCAUUGGACCUGACAUUAUGAAUGGAUGCAUUGCAGUUACGAGCGCAGAGGAUGGCAGUGCAGAGACCACACAGUAUCUGAUACUUCAAGGUCCUGAUGAUGGAGCUCCUAUGGUGGCUCAGAUGUCUUCAUCUGCUCUGUCAAGCCGCAUUGCCAUUGAAGCCCUUGCCGAUGGACCUACCUCCACUUGCCUGGACCAGGCAGACCUGUCAGAAAACCCACAGGGUAGCGUGGAACCAGACCAGCCUGGACACUCCGGAUACCGUGAGCACGACGACGGCAGUAGCAGCUGCAGCCGCCCAGACCAGCCACAGCACUCCCAGUACAUAGAGUACAGUGGAGGAGACGACCCGGACCAAACCAGGGAGGCUCGGUACAUCGAGUGCUCGGGAGCCGAACCUGACCAGACCCCACGUCAUUCAGGGGUCACCAACUACAAUGUCGCAGACUCAGAAGAACCUCUAGGGCGUUACGCAGCAGAGUGCAGCGGUACUAACAGUAGCCCUCAGAGACGCUUGUUUCGCUCCUCCCGGUACAUCGUAGAGUGCAGUGAUGGCUACUUGGAUUACGGUGCAGAGGGUGCGGAGCGGCCGCAGCAUUCACGUUAUAUAGACAGCAGCAUGGAUGACAGGGAGCACGUCUCGGCAUCAGAGCAGGAAGGAAGUGUGGUAGAAGAUCCCCAGCACUCCUACUUACCACAGGGCUCGCUAUAUGCUGACGAGGGUGCUGUUCAGCACUCACUGGCUGACACAGUGGGAUCCCAGCUCACUGAUCAAAUGGACUGCAGUGAUAACUUGCCUGGCCCAUACAUAAGUAGCAGUGGGACCUAUUCCACCCACCCAGAGCCCGAAGUGGUGGAGUCUGGGGUGGUGGAUGAGCCUGGGCACAGAACCCCAGAUAUGGCUGAGCUAGAGGAAAUGAUGGAGGUGGUGAUCGUACAGCAGUUUAAGUGUAAGAUGUGCCCAUAUAAAAGUGUCUCCAAGGAUACGCUCAUCAACCACAUGAGAGACAAACACUUUAAACCACCAGGUGGUCCGGGCCAAAAGAAACGUGGACGGGGACGUCCUCGAAAAUCCGACAGCAGGGCGCGAGAGGUUGCUGAGGUCAAGAAGGAGGAGCCACCAGAAGAGGAAGAAGAUGACAUCAUUGAUGCAGGUGCUCUUGAUGAUCAAGGCGACAGUGAUUAUAAGCCAGCUGAUGAAGAGGCCAGGUCCAGAUUGGCUUCCAGUCACAGCACUCCUCCUCCUUCCUGCUCUUCAUCAUCUUCCUCUACCUCACGGAGACGGCCCCGCAGGGCGGUGGGGCCACCCCGCAAAUUCCUUCCUGACACAGAGUCACCAGCAGCAACUCAAACAAGCAAUGCAGGGGAGCCUCAAGCUCCUGAAGAAGCAAGUUCCUCUGGACUGGAGAAUGGAUCUUCCUCACUAUCCAAUGGGUCAGCAGUGGAACCAGGCGUCAGCCAGUCAGAUUCAGAAAACAAAGAUCCCUCAUCAAACACAGGCCCUGACGACCUGGAGUUUUUGCCCAAAAAAAGAGGCAGACCUUCUAAACGAUUCCUUCAAAAGAAGUACAAAAAGUACAUGAAUCGCAACAAGUACUACAGAUCCCUUAAACCUCUGCUAAGACCUCAUAAUUGCUGGAUCUGUGGCUCUCGCUUUCUGUCACAAGAGGAUCUCCGAUUCCAUGUGGAUUCUCACGAGGGAAAUGACCCUGAACGCUUUAAGUGCCUGCAGUGCAGCUACCGCUGUAAACGGUGGUCCUCACUAAAGGAGCACAUGUUCAAUCAUGAAGGUACAAAGCCAUACAAAUGUGAGAUGUGUGAUUACUCCAGUGUUUAUAAGAAAGACGUGAUCCGGCACUCAGCUGUCCACAACAAAAGCAAGAGUCGAAAGACAGAUAUGGUUCCCAAAGUGUCUGAGUUUCCAUGCCCCAUCUGCUGUCGCGUAUAUCCCAUGCAGAAACGCCUGACGCAGCACAUGAAGACACACAGCACAGAGAAACCUCACAUGUGUGACAAGUGUGGGAAAUCCUUCAAGAAGCGCUACACUUUCAAAAUGCAUCUUCUCACGCACAUACAGAACUGUGGCAACAGCACGUUUAAAUGUGAGUUCUGUGAGUACACCUGCAAUGACAAGAAGCACCUGCUUAAUCACCAGCUGUCUCACACCAAUGACAAACCAUUCAAAUGCGAAGAGUGCAAAUACUCUACGAGUAAAGAGGAUUUCCUGGUGUCCCACAUUGCCAUUAAACACACUGGUGAAAAGCCGUUUUCAUGUGAAAUGUGCCACUUCACAACCAGACACAGGAAGAACCUGCGGCUGCAUGUGCAGUGUAGGCACCCCGAGGCCUUUGACGAGUGGAGCCGAUCCCACCCAGAGGAGCCAAUUCGCCGGCGCCAGACGUCUGUUUUCACCGUGCAGCAGAUUGAGGAACUGAGAUUACAGCAUGAAACCCAGGAAUUUCAAGGGACCAUUGUAACAGUGGACCCCAUUACUCUCCAAACCAUGGAGUCCAUAGGGAAAACAUCUGUAUCUCAAGAUGCACUGGGAAACACUACCAUCAUUUAUGAGCAAGCCCAGUCUACAGACCUCUCAGCCCAAAAUGCUUUAGAUCUGCUGCUGAACAUGAGUAACGCCAGAGAACUGCAGGUGGCAGUGUUGAAACCAGAUGGUAAGACCCUGGAGACGGGGUCAUGGACCGGAGCUGACUCUGGGAGUGAGGGCUCAUCCUUGCAGCCUCAAAAGAUCGUCACAUUCCAUGUGUCAGAGAACGGAGACACUCUGGUGCAGGAGGCAUUUGAUACGGCUACAGAGACCGUGGAGCAAGAGGAGACAACGGAUGUGUCGCAAGAGGUGACACAGAUUGGCAUCGGUACAUACGAGGGAGCAGAUUUCAGUGUGGUGGAGCAGGCCCCUGAAGAGACAGCACACAGCAGUUUAGAGGAACCCUCAGCAGAGCCUCAGGUUAUGGAAGUGAGCACCGAGCCCUUGUCCAUCUCUACACCUCUCAAAGAGAAUAAAGAGAAGUUUUAUUUGAGCUCAGGCUUGACAGAUGGAGUCCUGCAGCAGAUAGAGCUAAGCAGUGAAGCUCCAGGUUCCCCUCCUCUGUGUCCAUCACCCCCUUCUCAACAGCUCAACACCAAACGCUUCUCCUGCCGCAUAUGCAUGGAGGCUUUCCACGGCCGCUCGGACAUGGAGAACCACAAGAGGGCGCACAUAGACCCCAAAACAUUCAAAUGCCCCGACUGUGACUUUACAGCACCUUCUUGGCCAGAAGUCAAGUCUCACAUGGCCAUGCAUGCAUAUUUGAGGCCUCAUAAAUGCAACAGCUGCAGUUUUGCCUCUAAAAACAAGAAGGACUUGAGACGCCACAUGAUGACACACACCAACGAAAAGCCUUACGCCUGUCAAGUCUGUGGCCAAAGGUUUAACCGUAACGGCCAUCUAAAGUUCCACAUGGAGAGGCUUCACACUCAGGAACCCUCGCCCCGUAAAACCCGCUCUGUCCCCUCUCAGCAGACAAUCAUUGUUAACAGUGAUGAAGAAGCUUUAGCCACACUGCAGAAUCUGCAGGCGGGUCAGGCAGUCAUCAGUCCAGAGAGGUUGCAGCAGGCUUUGGGUCAGGAACACAUCAUUGUGGCUCAGGAUCAAUCGCUUUCUGAACAGGAGGAGGCAACCUAUAUUCAGCAGAUCACAACAGUAGAUGGACAGACGGUACAGCACUUAAUGACUGGAGACAAUCAGGUCACUGAGGUCCAGUAUAUUAUCUCUCAGGACGGAGUUCAGCACCUGCUUCCGCGGGAAUAUGUGGUGGUAUCUGAUGGAAACCACAUUCAGAUGGAGGAUGGACGGAUCGCUCACAUUCAGUAUGAGCAUGACGGGACAUUUCUGCAGGAGCAACAGAUUGCUCUGUCUCAGGAUGGACAGAUCCAGUACGUCCCCAUCACCACCGAGCAGCAGGUUGUCGGCCCUGAGGACCUGGAGGCAGCCGCCCAUUCUGCUGUCACUGCUGUUGCAGAUGCAGCCAUGGCUCAGACUCAGACGGUUUACACCGAGGCCACACCUGAACAACUGGAACAGCUGCAGCAGCAGGGCAUCCAGUAUGACGUCAUCACUUUUACUGAGGAGUAGAAACAAGACACACACACAGAUCACUCUGACGAUCACAAGUAACAGUUGUCUUCUUCCAGAGUUAUUCAGUUAGAGGGUGAAUGUACAGUUAGAUCCUCUCUGAAAAUUAUACGACUCAUGCCUUUGUAAAUAUUCAAAGCAAUUUAUCUUUGUGUGCCUACUGUGUUUUGCCUUGUAAAGAAAAAGAAACACAAAAGCCAAGAGCUGUCUGUAUAGAAAAUCCCUGUAUUUAAUUUUACGUGUCGCUGUGAUGUGCUACGAUGGAUGCUACUUCAGUGGAGGAUUGAUGUCACAUUGUUAUGAAACAGUUCCUAGCUGUAGCUGAAGUGCUUAUUAAGGAGGAUUGAUUAUUUGUUUUCAUUUUACGUGAAAAGUACCGUUUCAUCAUUGGCUUCUUAAGUUUUAGAGAUUUGUUUUUCUUUCAGAUGGCUACAGAAAGGAACUUAAAAUGCAUACCAAAUAAAUCACAACCUCUUUAUCUGAA